AGUUAUGCGGCCAUUCGAUUAUAAGCUCUUGCGGCAGUUUCACCUACAGUUGAAUUCUAACCAUAAACUGGUAAGUGGCAUUUAUAUAUAAAAAUUUUAUGUUAAAUCUAUUUUGCACCGUACAUAGCUUGACUAAAUAUAUUUCAACAAUCGGUAAUUUAUAAUUUAUUUAGUUUAUGUUUAGUAAGUCAAUAGCAAGUGAUUUGCGUAUGAUCUUUAUUAAUCUAUAGUUUAUUCCAUUAAUGUAUCAAUUACAAAGUUAUCUUUGGAAAAAAGUGAUAAAAAUUCCUCUCUUAUACAAUGAUAAACAAUGGCUACGAUGAGUCAGAUGCAAAAGCAUAGUUCUGGUUCUGAUAAUUUAUUCUAGUCUGGAAAUAUUGAUUUGGUCUUUUUUUUUCUCUCUCUCUCUCUCUUUUUCCCUCUAGUUUUGUCUCUAGAAGAAAGAAUAUUUUGAACGCCAGAAUUAUUGUUUGGAUUUUAGAUUGUCAAUAGCAUAAAGAAGGUGAUUGUUAAAAUCUCCUUUUUGAUAGCCUCCACCCUUCCUCGAAUAAUAGACUAUUAUUGACCUUUCAGUAGUUUUUUUUAUAUAAAAACCCAUAGGCUUAUCACUUGAAUAUAUAUAUAUAUAUAUAUAUAUUUAGAUUUAUAUUUAUAUAUUGGCAGUUCUUUUCUAUAAAUAAAUAUAUAUUUUUAUAUAUUAUACAUAAUAUUUGAAUAUUUGUAUAAAUUCAACGUCACGUUCUGUCAAAUUUCUUCUAAGAGCCAGUAUGAACUUGUUGUAGAUAAGAGAUGGCAGCAGCUGAUCCAUUACAAGCGCAAUUUAACAAGUAUGCAAGUAAAACCGAUGCUACUAAGAAGAAGGCGGCAACCUUAAGUGAAGUAACUAAAUGGAUGAAACUCAACAAAGUAUUCAAAACUAAUUUUACAUCGAAUCAUUUGGAUAUUUGCUGGGCAAAGCAUGCCGUAAAAAAAGAUGGAAAUAUUCUCAACUAUGAAGUUUUCAAGACCAAAAUUCUUCCUCUUUGUGCCGAAAAAUACAAAGUUGAUCAUAAAUGCGCUGACGUUGAUGCUGCCCUAAAUGCUUUAAUUGCUGAGCUAAGCAAAGACGUUGCAACUAAGGGAGCGACUACCGCCAACAAAGGCGUUACUGACCGACUCACGGACACUUCUAAGUAUACUGGAGCCCAUAAGGAGAGAUUUGAUGAGAGUGGCAAGGGAAAAGGUAAAGAUGGUAGAGAAGAGCGCGUCGAAAAUAGUGGCUACGUGGGCAACUACAAGGGCCAAGAUACAUACGAUAAAUCUCAUUAA